AUAAGUUCCUUGUUACUUGGUUAUUAGCGUCUAUUUCAGAAUGCAUGUUUAGCUCUGUGUCAAAAUGUUAGACGUCUACUGACAUUUGGCUUACACUUGAACAUGAAUUUUUGAGUGAUUCAAAGGCUAGAGCUCUACAUUUGAAAACUUUAUUACAAAGUACUCAAAAAGGAAAUUUAACAAUUGGUGAUUACUUUAAAAAGAUGAAAGGAAUUGCCGAAAGUUUGAACUGCAGUGGUCAGGUUGUGUUGGAUGAAGAUUUACUUCAACAUAUUCUGGAUGGAUUAGGACCAGAAUUUGACGUUGUUGUCGUCAAUUUAACAUCCAGAAUUGAAUCUAAAUUUGACUCUAUUACGUUACAAGAAGCAUAAUAUUUGCUGCAAAAGUAUGAAAUGCGUAUUGAAAAAUUCAACACUGUGGAUUUCCCAAACAGUUCAGUACAUCUUGCUGCAAUCAGUAAUUCUGGUAAUUCGUCAGGCAUAUCUAGUAAUUCUGGUAAUUCUGGUAAUGGUAAUUCUGGUAAUACUUUUGUGCCUGCAUCUGCUGUAACUACAAUGCCUAUUUCACAGCCGUAUCAGACCUAUUCCUCUCACUAUAUACCACCCUCUGGAUUUGCUGGUUCACCUGGUCACUUUCGUCCAACCUCUUAUUCAGGACAGUUUGAAUCACAGGUUCAUACCUAUAGACCAUCAGGUUUCAAUAACUACAACAAAGGUCGUGGUAGAGGCAAUGCUAAGGGAAGACCUAUAUGUCAAGUCUGCAGCAAGAUAGGACAUACAGCAGUCCAAUGUUACCAUAGAUACAACUCCAACUACAAUGGAGCUCCUCCACAGUUUGGAUCUCCACCACAGUUUGAGUCUUCUGGCUUUUUCAAUUCUGGAAAUUUAGGAAACUUUCUUCCUACACACAAUUCUGUUGGAUAUGGCAGUCGGUUUGGAUCUGGUAACUUUGGAAAUCAACAACUGCACAAUUUUACUGCUGGUAAUUCUUAUACUGGGAAUUAGUCUCAAUUUGUACCUAAUCCUGCUCAUUCCUCCCAUGGAUUUCACUCUACUCAAGAAUUCUCCAGAGGCCAACAACUUACUCAAUCAGCUUCUAAUGGUGGAAAUUCAGUGUUCAAAGUUCCCAGUCAGCAGUCUUUUUCACCUAGUCAGGUUUAUUUUGCAGCUCCUCACUUGUCAAAUGGUCUUCCAUUGGUUGCAAACCAGACUACUGCACAGGAUCCAGCCUGGUAUAUGGACUCUGGGCUACUGAUCAUGUCACUCUGAUCUGAGUCAAAUCAUAGCAGCAGGAAUUAUGAGGGAGCUGAGCAAUUACAAGUUGGCAAUGGUAACCACUGAAGUCUUGUGCGCUUACACUGACUGUUUGUUCAUCAUGAGUUCUUUUGGUGAAGGAGGGUCUACCACUAGACCACCCUUGUUGGAGGGAACCAAUUAUACCUUUUGAAGGCUUAUGAUACGUGCCUUUUUAAAACCUAUUGAUGAGAGGGUUUAGCAUGCUUGUAUGGUUGGUUGGCAAGAACCUAAAACUAAUGAAGCUAGCGGGAGUCAAGGAAAGUUAGAAGCGUCCAAUUUUAACUCUAAAGCUCUUCAUGCAAUUUUUAAUGCUGUUAGUAUAGGACAAAUGAAAAACUUUGCAAGUUGUGAAAUGCCUAAAGAUGCAUGGGAUAGACUCCAAAUUAAAAAUCAAUUUGGAGAUGGGUGUUUUGGUCAUUAUGAUUGUUACGUUUGGUGAAGACAUUG